AAUUAUAUCACUUGUUAUAAAAUUGAAUCCUUUUCUCCUCAACCUCAAAAAUCUACUGUAUUUGGUCGGUUUUUUUGCUGCUUCUUCACCUCUCCUUUUGAUGCACAGUUAACAAAGAAAACCCUAACUCCCUCUCCUCGCAGAAUUGGAUAAUGGAGAAGAAAAAGUCUCGUAAAGAAUAUAGAAAAGAAGCUCGUACUGCUAAAAAGAAGAAGAAGUUUGAUUCAUGGGUUCAACAUCAACAAACACAAAAAAAGCAGAGAACAUUGCCAAAUUCAAAACCUACGCAUGCAGUGCAGUCAUGGAAGGAUAGCCAAGUCCAAAGACCUGAACAUUUUCACUCCUUAAAUUCAAAGAAAGACUUUGACACUUUUCCACAGAUGGAUGCUUCUAAGUUGGACAAUAGGAGUUUGAAUAGGACAGAUGCCCGAAACAAAAACUCAGUGGCCUCUACAGAGCCCACUUUUGAAGUUAAGAAUGACUUGCAGGCGUCUCCGCAGUUGGAAUCUUCUAAGGUGGAAAAUAGGAGUUUGAAAAGGAAGGAUCCCUCAAACAAAAAUUCAAAGACAAUGUUUAUGGAGUGUCUUGAAAUGGAAAAGGAGGGAGAAGCUAUCUCUGAGGACGUAGAUUUGAGAUUGGAGAGGAAACUCGCUAAGAAACACAAGGUGAAGAAUGAGAAAUUGCGAGGAGAUGAUGACAUUGAUAUGUUACUUGAAGAAAUUCCUUCUGUUGUUGAUUAUAAAAGGCAAUUGAAGAAAUCCCUGGAGGGUACUGAUACUGAUAAUUCACGCAAGAAACUGAAAAAGAAGCCAGUGGAUGAAGUUUUAGAUGUUAAAUUGGUUUCUGAGGAUGGGAAGUCUGAUCCUUCAUGUGUUAGCUAUGUUGAUCAUGGCAACCCAAAUUUACAGGCCAAACAAAAAGAGUCAAAAAAGAUGAAAAGAAAGAAGACAAAGUUUGAAGAGCUUCUUGCAACUGAACUGUGUGGACAGGGUACCUCAGCAGAUGAGGAUCUGGCUUUGGAAAGGAAGCUUGCGAAGAAGCUCAAGGUUAAGGGAGGGAAAUUAUUUGGGGAUGAUGAUGAUAUGAAUAAUUUAUUUGAGGGAAUUCCUUCACUAUUGGAUUCUUAUGAGGAUGAAAAUACACAACUUGCUGAAGAAGCACCUCGAAAGAGUGAUAAGAGCUCCUCAAAUGAAAGAUCUAGGGAGAAAAGAUAUCAUAAAGAAGCGAAAGGAGAAGAUCAAGAGCAAGAGGAAGAGCAAAAAGUUGAGAGCACUCUAUACUGUACAGAUGUGAAUGCAACAACUGGAGAAGCUUUAUCAGCCGGAUCUGCUGCCAAAGGAAAUGCAAAAUAUGUUGCUCCUGGCCUGAGGGCACGCUUGGGAAGUGAGUCAGAAGAGUAUGCUCAAAUUCGUCGACGACUAAGAGGUCUUCUGAAUAGGAUGUCCGAGGCUAAUGUAGAAUCGAUCACAAGUGAAAUUUCCACAAUUUACCAGACUGUUGGUCGCACUUUUGGUUCUCAGAUUAUCAAUGAAGAGGUUUUGGCAUCAUGUUCUAGAGGUCCGCGUGGCAAUGAACACUUGUGGGAUGAAAUUGAGAGGUGAUGAUCCCGUUGGCAUGAAGAACUUUAUAGUUAGCAUUCAGAAUAGGGUGAAUGAAUUGAAAAUCUCAUCUCAGGAAGGACAAUCAAACAGUAUUGGGAAAAGGAUGGAAUUCAUGCUUGAGAUGAUUUGUGAUAUCAAAAACAAUAAAAAGAAGCCGAAGGAGGACACCUUGCAGCUUACCCGAAUAAAGAAAUGGCUACAAAAGCUCAGAGUAGUCGAUAUAUUGAUUCGAGGAUUAAAGUGGAGCAAGCUGCUUGAUCCUGACAAGAGAGGCCAGUGGUGGAUGUCUGGGAAUAUUGAUUCUACAACUGAUGUUCAAGAUGUUGCAAGCACAAUUGACUUGGAGGUCACCGAGGCUCAAAAGAUGCUCCAGCUUGCCGCUGCUCAGAGGAUGAAUACUGAUGCAAGAAGGGCAAUUUUCUGCGUAAUAAUGAGCGGAGAGGACUAUACUGAUGCAUUUGAGAAACUUCUAAGAUUGGAUUUGCAUGGCAAGCAGGAUAGGGAAAUCAUGAGAGUUUUGGUAGAAUGCUGUUUACAGGAGAAAGCUUUUAACAAAUACUAUUGUGCUCUAGCUUCCAAGUUAUGCAGCCAUGAUAAAAACAAUAAGUUCACCCUGCAGUACUGCCUGUGGGAUCAUUUCAAGGAGCUUGAUCAGAUGCAGCUGAUCAGAUCAAUGCACCUAUCUAAGUUUGUCGCGGAGAUGAUUGCUUCUUUUAGCCUUUCACUUGCUGUAUUGAAGGCUAUUGAUCUCAGUGAUUCCUUACAACUGACUCCAAAAAGAAUCAUGCACUUUCGGAUGCUAUUUGAGAGUAUCUUGGAGUUUCCUGAAAAGCUUGUCUGGAACAUUUUUACUCGAAUUGCUGUUCUGCCGGAAUAUGAAUCCCUUCGUGAUGGGAUUGUCUUCUUUAUCCGCAAGUACGUCGUAAAUGACCAAAAGUCUCUGGGAGACAAAUUCAAGAUUGCAAAGAAGGCCCUUAACAAUAUUGAAGGAGUCAUCAUGUGAGUCUUUGCAUGGCAUAUUCUAGCUUCAGAAUUUUGCUGGAAUAGUUAUUGUUGCUGGUACAACAUUAACCCAUUUUUGGUAGAUAUUUUCUUGAUUCUAAGAUCGUUUAAUUAACCAUGUGACGUAGGAUAGAUGUGACGAGAAAUUCAGCAUAGAAGGGUCCUCGUUAUGUGAAUUCCAACCUUGGAAUUGCAUAAUGUUUCACUAUUAACUUUUGAGGUCGAGCAGUAUUCUAUGUACUUCAUUACAUGCAUUUAUUAGAGAGCAUGGUUUAGAGGCUUGAUGUGAGCUAUAUCCCGGCCUCUUCGUAGCCUAAUAUUGUGAUGCCUUGGGAAUUUGGUCAAUAUUGCAACUGCAGUUUUCAUUUGA